AUGAUGCACUGCCUGGUCUCUACUGGCUGCUUUCUUGGAGGCAAUUGCUUCCUGCCAGGUCCGUGGACAGCUGCCACAUUCCACCUUUAUGUCAAGUUUCAAGAUUGGGAGUUGAAGGAUGGGACUCGCUGGCGGCUGCGCCGCGCCACGGGACGGCUGGAAGAGCAGCGAGAGCUGGUGGCACAGAAGCGCGCGCAAGAGCAGGAGCACCAGCGGCUGAAGCGCCUGGAGCUUCACGAGCACCUCGCCACCACGGCGAAGCGCCAGCGCGUGGACGCGCUCGGUGAGAUCGAGUCCAGUUUCUGGGCACGGAGAGCCCAUGGGCCCUGA